GUUGACGUCAUUACGUAGCCUGUUUGCACACUGCUUUAUAUAUUUUCUGUUAUGUUAAGUUAAUCAGUUCGUCAUAAGAAGCGUGUACGUGUUUAACUCUAACUUUGAAUUAUAGAAAAAUUAUAGAUUUUCUUUCCGUUGAGCUGUUUCUGUGAUGACAGGAGUGGGGCGGGGGGGCAGAGGUGACAGGAGGAGGGUGAAAACACAUGAUAACCUUGUUAGCAAUAGACUACGCAGGGAAAUCACAUUUCCAGCUGUGCUUGUGUGCAGGACGGGCUGUCAGAGGAAUCACUAUACUCAGAUGGGUCAGGCACUGUGGAGGCUGCCCCCCAGACAACAACAGCAACUUCAGGAAGAGCUAGCUGACCGACUGGCUGACCGAGGAGGAGGAGGAAGAAGAGAGCAAGAUGGAGGUCCCCAGAGAAGAGCUCCUCAGCACUGUUAUGGCCCCGACAUCUACCAUCUGCUGAGAACACGCAGGGGAGGUAAAGAGCAGCAUGGUUUUUUAGAUUUGGAGAUGCUGCCCCCUGAAUUAGGCAUCACCAUACUGUCUUACUUGAAUGCUACUGAUCUGUGCCUGGCCGGCUGUGUGUGGCAGGACCUGGGGAAUGAUGAGUAUCUAUGGCAGGGGCUUUGUAAGUCCACAUGGGGACACUGCUCCAUCUACAACAGAAGACUACCUGCUGGUUUCUCAUACAGAAGAUUAUACCUACAACUAGAUGAAGGCAGUCUGACAUUCAAUGCUAACCCACAGGAGGGUAUCAGUUAUUUUAUGUCCAAAGGUAUCCUACUGGAUCAUCCGACUGAGCUGGCUAAAUUCAUCUUCUACACCAGACGGCUUAAUUGGAAAAUGCUGAGGAUUUACCUGGAUGAGAGACGGGAUGUCCUGGACGAGUUGGUGACCCUCCAUAAUUUCAGUAACCAGUUCCUCCCCAACGCUCUGCGGGAUUUCUUCAGACACAUCCAUGCACCAGAGGAGAGAGGAGAGUAUCUGGAAACCCUCAUCACCAAGUUUAGCCACAGGUUUUGUACCUGUAAUCCAGGUCUUGUCCGAGAGCUGGGCCUCAGUCCUGAUGCAGUGUAUGUGCUGUGCUACAGUCUGAUCCUGCUGUCCAUCGACCUGACCAGCCCUCAUGUCAAAAACAAAAUGUCUAAAAGGGAGUUCAUCAGGAACACUCGCCGUGCAGCACAUAAUGUCUCGGAUGACUUUGUAGGCCACCUCUAUGACAACAUAUACCUUAUUGGCCAUGUGGCUGCGUAGCUUCACCUACCAGCUUUCCAAUAUAUAUCCUCGUAAUGCACUGAAGAACAGGAACUGGUGAUUGGGAUCCUAUAAAUGUCUGAAAAGUAUGAAACCUUGUGGAAAUGGAUUUUUAACAAUUUUCAUGUACUUCAAGGAAUAUAACAACAAGUAAAUCUUACUAAAGGGUUAGUAGAACAAACAAAAUUCACCACUCCACUGUGAGUCUGUGGACUGUGCUACCAAAUAUUAGUAAUGUUAUUAGAGUUCAAUCAAAGGUGUGAAUCCAUCUGAAAUGUCUUUAAAAGGAACUCAUAGCAAAAAAGGAGGUGGAAACAUGAAGACAAGCUCUGACAAUGCACUAACAGAUGGGGACUGCUGAUGGGUGGAGGUUCUAGGAGCAAGAGGAGCACUUCCCUCACAGCCUGUCACAGAUGCUGGGACAGACACGCUGAUUUCGUAUUGGACAGGAGCUGCUUCUCAUUCAUUGUAGGAAGUGACACAUGGGACCAAGGCUAAACUAAGAUCACUCACUAAUAUAUAUAUGUAUUUACCAGUGUAACUACUGACAAAGCUACAUCGGAACUAUUUUACAAUUCAGCUGACCUCAAUACAUUGUCCAGUGGUAACAACCAGAAUGUCCAGGUUUCAAGAUUCAACUAGAAGAACAUUGUUGUAUUCUUAUCCUAAAUCUCUCUUACUUCUUUUCUGUUAGGUUUCAAGUCAGAUUCACCGAACUCCCCUAAAUGCACAAAGUUGUUGUAAAUUGCGUGUUUCACCUUGAUGAGUGUAAUCUGCUCACAAGCAGGUGCUGUACGUGAGAUUUGAUCAUUAGACAUAAAAAUUGCCAUAUAAGGCUGCCUGUUCUGCACUGUGGACAGGUUUUGUGCACAAAAAUGUUGAUAAAGUGUGAUAAGAAGGCUGUGUCAUCAAAGUAGAGAUUUACUGUGACAGAAAUAAAGAGGGAUUAGUUUGACAUGAAUUUAGUUGCUGAAAAUGUUGUGCUAAAGCAAAGCAAACGAGGACUGAUAUGGGAGGCAAUCAAGGGGACGUGACAGUCACGGAAAUACCAUAGCCUACAGUAGGUGAUGUUACACUGUCGAAUGGAAGAGAGGAUGAUACUGGACAGUGACCUGCAUAAAAACUAUGAGGCAGCUGUUAGAGUUAGAGAAUUUCCCCAACAACUACUGAACUGUAGCAACUGUAAGUUACUAUGUCAAAAAUGGCGAUAAAAAUGAUAAAAUCUUAAACACAUGGUCAAUGAAAUAGCAAGCCAUGAUGAUGAUAAUCUUGUGAACAGAAAAGUAAAUUUGCAUAUUUUUUUUUGUUUUUUAUGUGUAUUUUAUUUUAUGUUUUUAAAUUUUAUUUUAUAUAUAUAUGGUAUAAUAUUAAAACUUCAAAUUCAUUCAGAUUGUGACAUUACAAAUCUUAAAUCAAACAAGUUCUUUUCCCUGCGGAAAGACAGACUUUCUCUCUGUAAGUUUCAUACUACAGGUCUGAACCACCACGAAAUUUCUAAGUAUGAAAAAAUUGGUGAAAGCUGCAAAAUUCUCUUACAUGCUUUUAAGAACAAAUCUCUUCAUACGAGUAGUUCUUGCAUGAGGCCCGUUGUCUGCAAAUUUAAAUGAUUUAACAUACAUGUAAAUCCUAAACAGUGCGUACAUUAGAAUGGAUUGUUUCAUAAUGACAUUUCACACUCUCACACUUGAAUGCCAAGUGAAAUACACAUUUAGUAUUUUCAGGGUUGUGGGAACCAACUGUCUAAAUUUUGUGGGAGCUUUAGUCCAGAUUGCUCACUGCUGUGGAGGUGACAUGCUUCUUAUGCAGCAUCCAUGUCAUGCUUCUUUUGCUAUGCUUUAUGAGGAAAUGGUAAAUAGUAGUUGGGAAGUCAGGGUUUGGUGAUAGACCUGACUCUAAUCAGGUCCAUCAUAAUCAUGGAAAUGGCUGAAGUCAAGUGUAGAGAAUGAUAAUGUUAAGUGAAAAAAAAUAUGGAUUUUCCUCAAGUCAUUCUGUGAUUUUGGUUCUUGAAUUGUCACAGAGGGAUGAAACUGGCUGAAGUCUGUGGAUGACAGUGCAAUAUAUGGGGUUAAUGAAGUUACUGUGUUUAAAAAUAAUAUAGCUAUAAUUUCAUAUGUUUACCAAUGCACAUGUGUUGUGCAAGAGUUACCCAAAGUUUUGCUCUUGAAGUUAUAGGCUUCCACUGUUUUGAAAAAUCCUUGAAUAACAGCUUAUAAUAUUAUAGCUACUGCUGCCAUGACAUAAUAGCCUAAUCCAUCAAUUUAGGUUAGACUUACAGUUUUAUAAUGACUUCAUAACACCACAACAUCCUGUCAUCCUGUCAAAGGUAGUGUCAUUUAUCCAGAAAUGAAUGAGAAGAGAUUAUUGUGCAUUUCAAAAUACAACACUCGCCCUCAAGUUUCAUUUAGCUUUCCAUUUAUGCUAACUAACAGAGCAGAGUCAUGGGAAUAAGAAAAAUAGUCUCAUUUAACACCAUAAUUAGCAGUGUGGUAAAGUAAUAGGUCAAAUAUGGGUGUAAUUUAAAAUGAUUGAUUACAUUUGUCAGCACUGUGUCUGAGCUGAUUUAGCCAUAGCAACGGACAUGAUGGCAGUGAUGCAGUUUUGUAUUUCAACCUAACUGAGGCAGUUUCUAUUAUAACAGAUUGCAGGUUGCAACUAACACAUAUUUAUUUAUUUUUCAAUGUUGUUGUAUUUCUGUUAAAUUUCUGUUAAAAGCCUAUUCAUUAGAUUUUAAACUUAACCAUAGCUGAACUCAAAAUAUUCAUUUUAUUGACCAUUCAGUAUUGCUGAUGAUGCACACUGAUCUAGAAUUAUAAAUUCAAUGUUCUCUUUAAAUUAGGAAGGAAGUCCACAUCCUCUUAUUGACAAACUGUUCCAAAUAUUUGACUUACUAAAUCUGGGCUUCACAUUACAGACAUGUUUCAAACAUCAUAGAGUCACUUCUUAGAAAGAAAUAUGGUCCUUCACUCCUGUUCCUGGUCAUCCUGACUAGAUAAAGGUGAAUCAGAGAUGUGUUUCUUGUCUCUGCAGCAAUGACAGUAAGCCAAUCUGUAGCUAAUGGCUAAUGCUAAAAUGAUAUCAUUUAAUUGAUAAUUUUAAUUAGUACACAUAUUAUAUUAUUAUAUAAAUAUAAUGAAUAUAAUAAUACAUACAGCAUUUGCAUCUACAUAAUUACUUGUAAUGAAUCAGACAUAAGAUGGAAACUGAAAAUUCAAUCCGAUCCGAUUUUUAAUAAAAGGACACUAACAGAACAUGUCAUUAAAAAGCAGAAUUAAUGACUUUGACAAGUCUUCCAACCUAAUCGACCAUAUAGGUUGUUUUUUUUGUCCCCACCCUCUGAUAUGACCCACAGGAGCAUUCCCUGGAUUAGCACCCUUACUAGUGGUAGGAGAUAUCCCACAGAUAAACUGUUAAACAUCACUGUAGGAAAAUUAAUAACUAACCCUUUUAUGUUGUAGCAAUGCUUUGGUAAAGAUUUGGUAAGCUAUAGGGACAAAAGAAAACUGGGUUAGGUUUAGGGAAAGAUCAUGGGCUGCGAUAAAAUAAGUACUUUGUUAAGAUUAGAGGACCUUCGUCAUGGUUACGCUAAUAAAUACCGUCAUAAUAAGCACAGCCACUACAGGGCUUUGUCACUGAAAAAUAAACAUGUCAUUUUGCCGAAACAACUGAUGCUGUUGUACACAGCACCACUAGAGGUCCCUCAUAUUAACCUGUUACAUUAACAAUAAAAUGUAACUAUGGGCUGUAAUAAAUUGCUUG